GCCCAGAAAGAGCCUCAUCGUUAAACGCCCUGCGGUCUGGGAUCCUCUCGUGUUUUGUCAGUCCGAAUUCCAGACUCUCUGGAACAAAAACCCUUCAACCCCAUGCUAUUUCUGGGUUUCAUUCUUCAUAUCCCUGCAGACAGGUCGCUCCAGCUGAAGGAUGCAGCGAUUCGCCGCACAUCAUUCAAGCCAACCUCGGCGGCAAGAGCCCAAGUUCCAGAGGAUUUGGCGGCAAUCCGGGGAGCUCCGGGCAAGGCGGGCAGCAUACACCGCGGCAACUGAGUUGACACCAUGGAGUGGGCGAGACCUCGAUAUCAUAAUCGCUCCGUUGGACGGUAAAUUUCGAGGGGGCGAGAACGAGUAUCAGAGGCUUAUCGAGUUGUACAAUCUACCAAAUGAGUUCGUGUGGGAGCGCGAGCGGGGAGUGACGCACUCUUUCGGACAUCAGCUUGGCGAGGACGGCCUUGAGACUCUCUGGAUGCACUUCCUUGCCGAAAUUCCAGGAAGCAACACACCCGACAGACAGCCAGAAUGGCUGAAAUGGGGAUUUGUUCUGACAUGGCUUCCCAAAGUCGCUACGAGCUCUGCAGCCGUUCAGGAUUCGGCAUACACAGUCAGCCUGAUCGUCUUCCAGCCGCCAGUUGAGACUAUGGAUCACCUUGUUCGUCUCGUACGGUCUUCCAACUGGAUGGAUGCUACCGUCGACCCUUACGUGCUGGUUGAUAUUGCCUUGGUGUCUUGGUAUCAUCGCAUCGACAAGGUCGCCUGGCAAGUGACCAAACUCAUCCGCACCGAUGAGGAGGACGUCUUCCGCCGCGUACAGCUGCUCCGAUCCAAAGAGUUCUCCGUCGCCGACCUUGAUCUCCAUCGGCUUCACACGAGCUUAAAGAAUGCCAUCUUUAUGCUCGAAGGAUUGGACGCUGCCAUCAGGCUCGUGGAGCUGGCGCUGUUGGAGCAUGAGUCGCCACGUCGAAGGAGGGGACAGGUGUGGGAGAACACCCACCGUCUCUUGCGGCAUCGAGGAGAGCUGUUUCAGUCAACAAAACUGAGGACCGUCAGUUCGCAGGCAAGAGUCAAGAACUCGAUAGAUCUCGCCUUCCACAUCAACACUGCAUACGACAGCCGAGUUAACCUCGACAACAGCCGCAGUGUACGCCUUAUAUCUAUCGUUGGCAUGGUUUUCAUCCCCUUCAGCGCUAUCACCUCCAUAUUCGGGACCCAAUUCUUUACUCCUGAGGCUCAGCACAUGAAUGUCAACCCUGACUUCUGGGUGUUAUGGGUCAUCGCGAUUCCAAUGACCAUAACAAUUCUCGCUGUCUGGCAGGUCAGCGAGCACGAUAGUCUGAAGUUCUGGCGCCCGGAUCUUGCCAGCCCGGCUUUAGCACGCUGGUGGAUAACAUCCGGGAGCAUUGGUCAGAGGGUCACUGAGAGCGUAACUCUGGAGGAUGCGACUGAACUGCGGGAUCUUCGGCAGCCGCCGCAGACUGUUUAA